AAAUACAAAAUCAGCUGAUCCUGUCGUCUGCAGUGGACGGCUGACUGUACCGUGUUGUUAUUAUUAUUAUUAACGUCAUUUUUAACGUCGCAUUUUCCUUCUUCUCCUUACAUUCUUGCUAGCUGUUUCUCUCUUCUUCUCCUCUGCGUUUCUGUCUCCUAUUUUCGUUCUCCUCAAGGCAUUUUUGGUGGAAAUUAAAGUAAUGUUAAAUGAUUUGCUAGAAGAUGGCACACAGAUCAACUGAAGAGUUCUAGCGAAGGAUUCCGGCAUAUCCCGCCCUUGAGCCAUAUUUCCCUCUUCCCCCUUCCCUACCCUCUCCCACAGUGCAGACCCCUUCCCCCCUCUACACUGCUAUGGCCGGGUUGGACGACUACCAGUUCUUCUCAAAUUUACGUGAGCGCGACACCCCCUUCUGGCAGAAAACAUACGCAGGAGGGGGUGUCGACCGGCCCCACCACGAAGCAAUGAUGAUGCCCAGUGAGACGUACAAGCGGCCAACGGAAUUCCCCCAGAAUCUGCUCAACCCGGCUCAUGCUCCCCACCCCCCCUCUGCCUCAGGUACCAAGCCCUAUGAUGCUGUGGAUUCAUCCAAAGGGAACGAUAUUCAGAUGGAAAAGUAUGGCGAGCUCUCUAUAAAUCUCGUCAGCUUGUGUGCGGAAAAUCUACUCAGUCAUCCCUUCAUUGUGGUUCGGAGGCAGUGCCAGGUGAAUGUGAGCAGUCAGCGUUACCACCUCCUGCCCAUCACCUUGGUGCCGGCCUUAAUCCACAUGCAGGGUUGCCAAGGGGUCUCGGCAUUCUGGAAGGGCCUUGGCUCCGUGCUGACUGUGCGGGGAGUCACCCUGGCCCUGGAGGAUUGCCUCUCCAAGUUCACCCCGUGGCCCAAAGAAAUUUCCCCUCACAGCUCUCCCAAAACCAUUGGCCAACACCUGCUCCUGAAGUGCUCUGCCUUAGCCCUCAUAACUCCCUUCUACAGUGCGAGCCUAGUGGAAACCGUGCAGAGUGAGAUUGCGAGUGAAAAACCAGGUGUGCUGGAUGUUUUCAAGGAAGGCCUCACACGACUACUGUCUUUCACACAGCCUCAGACAGGACGCAUGCUCCCUGUAUGGCUGCUCAUCCUCCCCACAGUCACGCAUGGAAUUCUACAGUAUUUAAUUGGCAACGCAGUCUCUACCAUAACAUCCCAUGCUUUGAGACGCUACCAGAAGCAGGACCAGCAAAAGCAGGGUGCCGUAAGCAAAGACUCAGGUUCCUUCCUGGAUGCCUCAGUACGUCUGCAGUCAGCCUUUAUUGGCCACCUUGCCUCGGACGUUAUUCUCUAUCCCUUGGAGACUAUUUUGCAUAGGCUGCAUAUGCAAGGCACACGCACAAUCAUCGACAGUCUUGAUGUAGGCUACGAAGUGAAGCCGAUCCUGACACGAUACGAAGGCUUUUUUGAUUGCCUCCAUACCACUAUUCACGAGGAAGGGUUCUUUGGCCUUUUUAAGGGUUUCGGUGCGAUGUGCAUGCAGUACGCUCUCCAUGCGGCUGUACUGAAAUUUGCGCAGGUCAUCAUUAGGGAAGUCACGUUCAUCCUCGUCCCCCCGAAGCCCAAGCUAAAACAACAGCUUCCCCAGGACCGGCUGGAGCCCCACACAGCAAGUGCUCAAUCGUUAAAAGAGAGAGAGAGAGUGUGGAGAGGAGUGUUUGAGUAG